AUGCCACGUCUCAGAGUGCUCGCAGGACCAUCGCCCGACGAGCUCUUCCCCAUCCAGGCGAACUCGGGGAAGCCGGCCAGGAUCUCGUCGGACGCGUUCGAGGGCCAGGUCGCGAUUUACAUCAAGGGCUUCGCAGAUGCGGAGGGGAGGGUGACGGACAGCGAGUACUUCAAGAAGCGCAGCGGGGUCACUUGGAGCAUCCAGGUCCAAGGAAGGUACUUGAACGGGUAUAACGCAGACGAACUCCUGUUCGGGAACAUCUUCGAUAGGCCGCUGAAGCUGCCGUGGGUGUUCAGCGCUGCGCUCAGGUUCAUGAACUUCAUCGACCCAACGCUCGAGAAUGACCUCGCCUCUCGCACAAGGCCGUGGGCCCUCUCUCCGCUCAUCGCGACCAUGCCGUACUUCCACCACGCCCGCGCCACUGAUAGCGGCCCCGCCCCGGCGUUCCCGCCUCCUCAUGCACCCAUCAACGACGACACGUCGCAGCUGCAGACGAUCCCGACGGCGACGAACAGCAGCGGCAAGGGUGGGAAGCUGAAGGACAGCCCGUCGAAGCGACGGUCGUACUUCACGAACGCGCUCCGGAGGCAGGAAGUCGUUCUCGGGCCCGAUGACGUCGUCACGACGGACUUCUGCUACGACUUCCUCCAGUUCAGUCCGGACGGCAUCAUGCUCCGCCUGCCGGGGGGCAUCUCGAUCGAGAUGACGAAGUACUGGGAUGGCCAGCCAGUGCGCUUCGUGUGCUGCGAGCGGCUGAACAAGAGCGAGCGUACCCCGGAGAGGGCUUGGGGGCGCGUGCUGUGGUGCGUCGUUAUCGAGCCUGCGGAAGGCGACGAGGACUCGGUCGGGGCCGGGGAGAAGGGCAAGUUCUCGUCCGAGGCGUUCGAUAUUACACAUGCACUGAUGCUAGCCGGCGCGCUGCGUCACGCGUCCGCGACGAUGCUGCAUAUUGGAUACGAGGUCUGGAUUUCUGAUGGCCAAAAGGAACGCAUACCCGAGUACGACGUCAAGUACGAGGGCGAGGACGGGAAGACGAUUGCAUGCUAUAUUCCUAGUGAGAGUGGCAAGGAAUUCCAAAUCCGAUGGAAAGACCACAACGGCGCAUACGCCCCCCAUGCGAGCAUGAAGAUCUUCGUGGAUGGCCACGUCGUGGGCAAGACCCGCUGUCCCCCGGGUGUCGUUGGGAAACGUCUAGGGAUAUCCACGACGUCCGCGGACACGUACCAGCCCUUCCAGUUCGCCAACCUGCAGACCACCGACGAUGACGACGCGCUCUGGGGCGCAGGCAUACCGGACAAGCUCGGCUCAAUUGAGCUGCACGUCGUGCACGUCCACCCGCACGUCAUCCAGACCGCGUUCAGGCCCGCGGGCUUUGCAGGCACGGGGCCCGUGCACGAGCGGAGCAAGAAGGCAGGGGCGCACUGCGUCGAGUGA